AUGGGAAAUGAUGAUUCUGCCAUUAGAAAUUUCGAGGAUUAUCUGCAUUCUACUUUCCAUAUCAAAGAUUUGGGACCUCCCAAAUAUUUCCUUGGUAUUGAGAUAGCUCGAUCGGACAAAGGAAUAUCACUCAGUCAGCGGAAAUUCGUUUUGGAAAUCAUAUCAGAAGCAGGAUUAUCAGGAUGUAGGCCGGCUGUCAUUCCUAUUGAACAGAAUGUCAAGCUUACAACGCUUGAAUAUGAUACGAGUUUAUCAUCGUCUAAUGAGGAUCCAUUGCUUAAAGACCCAUCAGGAUAUCAGCGACUUGUGGGAAAAUUAAUAUAUCUCACCAUGACUAGACCUGAUAUAUGUUAUGCAGUGCAGAUACUCAGCCAAUUCAUGCAUAGUCCGAAGCAGUCCCAUAUGACAGCAGCAUUGAAGGUUGUAAAGUAUUUGAAGGGAUGCCCAGGACUUGGAAUUCUCUUAUCUUGUGAUUGCAACAUGAAGAUGACAGCUUAUUGUGAUACGGAUUACGCUACUUGCCCGAUGACCAGAAGAUCUAUCACAGGCUUUUGCAUUAAAUUGGGAAGAUCCUUGAUUUCAUGGAAGACAAAGAAGCAAUCAACCGUCUCAUUGUCAUCAGCCGAAUCUGAAUAUCGAGCUAUGGCAAAAACUGUUUGUGAAAUAGUUUGGAUACGGGGUUUGCUUUCGGACCUUGGGGUACAAAUUGAUGGAGCAAGCAAACUAUUUUGUGACAAUGAUGCUGCACUUAAACUAGUAGCAAAUCCAAUCUUUCAUGAAAGGACGAAACAUAUAGAAGUUGAUUGCCACUUCACUCGUGAAAAAAUUCAAGAAGGAACUAUCAUAACUCGAGGAAUUGGAACUGCGGAACAACCUGCAGAUAUUUUCACUAAGCCGUUAUGCCAAAGACAACAUGCAUAUCUGUUGAGCAAGCUUGGCGUCUUCGACAUAUAUAAGCCGUCGGCUUGA